CAUCUUUCUCGUCCAAGCAAAAGAGCAGUUCAAGGAACUUUCUACCAUACACAAAAGCAUGGAAAAUCUGUACCGGGAUGUCAUGGAAUAUUAUGCCAUCGAUUUAAAGAAAAUCUCGGUAGAAGAAUUCCUCACGGACUUGAGCAACUUCAAAACGAUGUUCACGGAAGCAGCAAAGGAUAAUAUGAGAAGGAAAGAAAUGGAAGAAAAACAGAGGCGUGCUAGAAUAGCUCAAGAGAAAGCAGAAAAGGAAAAAUUAGAAAGACAACAGAAGAAAAAGCACCUGCUUGACAUUAAAACAGAGAAAGACGAGACAGGAGUGAUGGAUAGUCUGCUGGAGGCGCUUCAAUCGGGGGCAGCUUUCCGUGAUCGAAGGAAGCGAGCACCAAGGUUUAAAA